AUCUGUGUACAUCCCAUCUCGUACGUCUCAUCACCAUCACUCCUAACAGUUGCCGGAAAACAAGGAAGAAGGGGUAGGUCAAUUACUUUCGCAUGAGUUGAACCGAAAGCUGACGCAACUUACUCGUUCUCUUCCACUCUAUGCCUCAUUCCCCACUAUCCCACGAUCGCAUAUCCCCACGAUACCACGAUCCUGCACUACACAUUCCCCACGAUUUACGACGCAUUGACCCAUGAUCCCAUGAAACUACGACUCCAAUACACUACACCUCUGGACUUCUCGAUCUCACCCCCAUCUCGAUCGACAUGACCUCCAUCAAUCUAUCAUUCUAUGGCGCCAUCUAUGGGGAUCCAAUCCGGGGAUUCGGCUAUGCUACCGUGCUACCAUACUAUCGGGCUUUCUCCCUCUAUGCGCCUACGCACUGCCUUUAUCGUGCCAUCGUCGUGGGUCCUCCUCCUCGGUAUAAUUUAUACCUCCAGGUUUCAGACUUGGUAGUUGUCACUUCGUAUCAGACUGGAAGAAGAUUACAACAUGGGCCUGAGGGAUUUGGCAGCUACUAAAGCUGCUACCACUGGACAGAAUGGGACAGAGACCACCGGACCAGAGCUCAACGUCAUCAUGGUUGGCGGAGGAGGGGCCAUGUUUGGUAGUACAGAAGGCCCGUGGAACCUCUCCGCUCGGUUGGAACACCGUCUCGGUCCCCGACUCAAGGUACAAGGUGUAAUCGACCCCGAUCCUAGUCGUGCUCUAGCAGCACUGGAGAAGAAGAAAACCAGUUUGGUGAAGGAUUCUUAUGAAGGUACUGAGGUGUACCCAACUAUAGCUGUCUUUGCGGAGGCUAUCAAGGAGGGCAAAGUCAAGACGCCAGAUGCCGCCUUUGUCGCGUCUCCUCCCGUCUGGCGAGGAUCUCUCGAACCAGGUCGCGACCUUGAAAUACAACUCAUCGAAGCGUUCCCGAAAAUCCACAUCUUCCUCGAGAAGCCAGUCGCUACUGCUGUACCGUGGGACAAGAGCGUGUCCGACGCCAAAACAAUAGCUGACAGACUCGCAAAGCAUCCGGGCUUCGUAUCGAUUGGAUACUGCCUGCGUUAUGCCAAAGCGGCUCUAGAAAUGAAGAAGAUCUUGAAAGAGAACAACUUGAGAGUCAUGUCUACUAUGGCAAGAUAUAUCUCGGCGUACGAGUUGUCUCCAAAGAGUGCCUGGUGGGACGUUACCAAGCUUCAAGGUCCCAUCGUCGAACAAGCUACGCACAUCUGUGAUCUUUCCCGACACUUCGGAGGAGAUGUCAUUCCUGAGACUAUUUCGGCAAACGCUUUGGAGGCAUACGAAGAACCAGCAUCUAAUCUCAGCAAGAUCUCCUUUGACGAGACGGAAGUUCCACUCAAGCACCGUAUUCCUCGUGCGACGGCUGCGUGUUGGAAGUACAAGAGUGGAGCAGUCGGUACCGUCGUGCACGCGCUUGUUCUGCACGGUGUCGAUUACGCUGUCGAGCUCGAGGUCUAUGCCGAUGGGUAUCAACUGAUCUUGCAAGAUCCAUUCGGUAUCCCCUCGCUGUCCAUCCGAAAGCCCGGAUCCGAUAUCCCCGAGGUCAUACAAUUGACCGGAGAUGAUCCUUAUCAAACUGAAGUGGAUGCUUUUAUCGAUGCGAUCGAUGGCAACGGGGCCUCCCGCAUCCUGUGCGAUUACGCCGACGCUGCAAAAACAUACGAGAUGACAUGGUACAUCCGAAACUCGGCGGAAGAAUCCAGCAGGCGGCUGCGCGAGAUGAACGGGGUAACACUGCCCGAGCCGACCGCAGAGGAAUUGGCGUUUGACGCAUGGAGCAAAUGAUAGAGAGGUAUAGUACAGGAUAGAAGAGGGUCGGCUCAUGGCAAUGUGACAUGUGCAUCUCGGAUCGAUGUAGGGGGAUGUUCACUGACAAAGGGACGGCAUGGUCACACUACAAAGCUCAUUGUACAACUGAUUGUUUAAGGCAUCAAAGACCAAAUGCAUCUAAGUUGUGUCUGU